ACUAUAACAGUCUUAAUUCAACAGUCUUCCAACUAAUAUCUAAAAUGUACAAAAUUCGACUUGUUAAUAUAUGAAACUCUCGGAAGGCUUGUAAAAUAAAUUGAAUCGGACUGUAGAUUACACCCCGACAUGUUUGGGGAAAAUCUUGCUAAAUGUUUAUUUUGUAUGUUAAUUGUUCGUUGUUAACUUAUACUGAACCCCUAGCACUCGCUCACCUACCUAUAUUCGAGAAUCCCCACUGCUCUUGAAAGCGACUGAAACGUCUCUGAUUCGUAUAACACGAGGCAGAUCUCUGUUUUUCUCGAGACCUUUUGGGUGCUGACUGCCCGCCUGUGAACCUCGCCUACUCGGGCUUCCUACCCGACUCUGUGUUGCUGCAUCAGUAUCCGACACAGGCACACAUCCUCCUGUCCGUGGCGUAACAGGCGCUCCUGGUCCCCCCUCACCCUGCCCCCUGCGCUAUGAGCAGAGGACGAGGAGGGUCCCCCAUCGAGCACUACCAUAGACCACCUCUCCCCCAACUCACGACUAAGCAACAAUACUACAGAGCUGCACCGGUGGGAUUUCACCCCAGAGUCCCCCUGCAACAGGCCCCGCACCCAAACGUCCACCCAUACCUAGGGCCGGUCCCCCCUCUAGUACCCCCCAGUGCCCACUCCCACUCUCAGCCUUUCUACCCCUCUGCCCCUCCCCUACCCAGCUACAGCCCAUCCCAGGGUCAGCAGUGCUCGGGUCCCAGUGGUCCCAACUCCUUUAGGCAGCAGCAGAUCCACUUCCUGAGGGGACAGACCACUGAAGCCCCCCAGUUUAGGGUGAGCCCCAGAGGGGCGCAGAGCUUGGGCCAAGGGGGACCAAGCAGCCUUUCAAACGGACUGAACCAGGCCCAGGCAGGUUAUAGCAGAUACCCCCCAAACAGCUCCAGGGGGAGAGGGGGAUACAUCAGAGAGCGUGGUAGAGGGGGCGGCAGGGAUUUUGGGUACUCGCCCAAUCAGGAACCCCCUAGAGGACCGUCAGGCCCUAGAUUCUGGAACCAGAAGCAGACGUCAACCCACAACCAAGGCUUCAACAGACAAUGUGUUCUGCAUGCAGACAAUGCUAACGGGUCAUCCUUAUCAGAAGGUUUCAAGAAUUUAUCCUUAGAAAGAGAGAGAUCCUACAGAGGAAGGUUAGAAAACUUUGACAAAGCCUCAGUCUGUAGUAGUAACAAUUCAAACAGCAAGAGUUCCACUACAUUUCAGCCACCUGACAUCCGAGAACAGGUUUUACAGGCCUUAGCAGCUUUGAGCCCCGGGGAGACAUUACAGGCGAAGUGUCUAGCGAAAACGUUACGGCUGCCCAAAAAGUUUAUCAACCAGGCUCUGUACGGGCUAGAGCGUGACAAGAAAACUUCAAAACACGGCGAAAGUCCUCCAGAGUGGACUGUGUACAUCGAACCGCAGGAAGAACCAGGAAGUCAAGACCCACAUCGGGAGAGCCCAACUCCGGUUCCCAGGGUUGGUUCUAUUGACUCGCAGGACAGGCUUUCAGAAUACCCCUCUCAAUUUUUUGAUAUACAAGAGGAAGAAAUUGUGAUCAAGGCUGAGACCCAGCAAACUGAAACCCAAAACCUAGAGCCUGAUAAAGAAGAUUAUUACGUAGAAUCCGAUUCUCACUCUUCUUCCUCAGAACCGUCGGAGUCAUAUCAGCAACAUUCACAGUCCCUAACCCAUCAGCCUAGUAGCACCAGCACCAGUAACGAAGAGCUUGAUCUGGACCUGGACGGCAGCGACAUGGCAGACUGCAGCAUGAACCAGAAGGAGUCCGUCCUUCAGUAUCUGCUGGAGGCAGGCGAGGCCUCGGCCCUGGUGAUCGCCAAGAACCUGGGACUGAGGGGCGCGAAGCAGGUCAACCCCACGCUGUACGCCCUGGAGAAGCAGGGCGAGUUGAGCCGGAACACCGAGGUGACCCCCCACACCUGGGAGCUCUCCAACCACCGCCGGGAGAGGAUGGAGAGGAGCCUCAAGGCCGAGCGCAGUGCCCCUGCCAAGGUCGAAAGGAUGGGGUCCGGAUUUGAGCCGAUGCCGCUAUUGACAGAGGGUCUGGACCCCAACAACGACGUGGAGGACGAGUCAAAUGGAGGGCAGUGGGCGACUGAUGACAUCCCAGAAUUCCUCAACACCAUCCGCCGGGACGGAGUGGACCCUGGCGGUAUAGGGACUGUGGCGGUCUCCCUGGCUGCGCCCCCGCCGCAGAACUUCCGUGCCAAACUGCAGGAGGUUAGGGCCAAGAACCCUGUCAGUGGCCUGAUGGAAUUUGCCCAGUACCUGGGACACAACUGUGAGUUCCUGCUCCUGGACCAGUCCGGGCCCUCUCAUGACCCCAGGUUCCGUAUGCAGGUCAUGCUGGACGGCCGGCUGUUCCCUGUCGCCGAGGCGUCCAAUAAGAAGGUGGCGAAGAAGGACGCCGCAGCAGCGACCCUGAGGAUCCUUCUGCGGGAGAUGGAGGGGGGCGGGGUGGAGGGGGAGGAGGGGCUCACCGCCGGGGCGGACCAAGCCAUGGACCCCACCUCUGACAUCCCUGAGGUAGUGGACGGUCCCCCCCAGGCCUUGUCACGCUCCCUGCCGGGGGGGAAGAACCCCGUGUCCAUGCUGAUGGAGUACAGCCAGCGCACCGGAAACCCCAUCGAGUUCAUCAACACGGGCCAGGAGGGCCCGCCACACGACCCACGGUUUAUGUUCAGGGUGAAGAUAGGGGACAGUCUGUGUGCCGAGGCCUCCGCUCCCAGUAAGAAGGCAGCCAGGCAGCUGGCCGCCGAGGAGGCUGUCAAAGAGUUAAUGUCUGACGGCAGACUGCAGCUCAACAAGCCCCAGUUCCCCCUGUGUUUGUCUGGUGAUGAGGGUGGCUUUAUGCCCGCCUGCCCCUCCCUGCCCCCCCUGACAGCCGAGGAGCUGCGUUCGGCCCAUGAGGCAGGGGUCGGUGACCUCAUCAGUCACCUGAACAACAACGCUGUGUCGGGCCUGCUGGAGUACGCCCGGGCCAGGGGUUUCGCUGCGGAGAUACGCCUGGUGGGCCAGUCGGGACCUCCACAUGAGCCCAAGUUUACCUACCAGGCUAAACUAGGGGGGCGCUGGUUCCCUCCUGUUUGUGCAUCCAAUAAGAAGCAGGGGAAACAGGAAGCAGCUGACGCAGCUCUGAGGGUUCUGAUUGGAGAGGCUGAGAAGGCUGCCCGUACAGGCGAACUGACCCCUGCUGAGCUUCCCCUGAGUGGCGGGACCAUCCACGACCAGAUCGCCAUGUUGAGUCACCAGCGCUUCAAUGCCCUCACCACACGCAUACAGCACAGCCUUCUGGGAAGGAAGAUCCUCGCCACCAUUGUCAUGAAGAGGGGGGAGGGGCUGGGCACCGUGGUCAGCCUAGGGACAGGAAAUCGGUGUGUUAAAGGGGAGGAGCUGAGUCUUAAAGGGGACACUGUAAACGACUGCCAUGCCGAAAUCAUCUCCAGGAGAGGAUUUCUCAGGUUUCUGUAUGCAGAGUUGCAGAAGCACUGUGAAGGAUCAGAGGACAGUAUAUUUGAGCCAGCCGAGGAUAACAAGCUCCGGAUCAAACCUGACACCACCUUCCAUCUCUACAUAAGUACUGCUCCGUGUGGAGACGGCGCGUUGUUCGAUAAGUCGUGCAGCGAGGACGCGGGGGACGGACAGGGUCACCAGCCGCUGUUUGAGAAUGCCAAACAGGGAAAGCUACGCACCAAGGUGGAGAAUGGUGAGGGUACCAUCCCAGUGGAGUCAUCCACCAUCGUACCGACCUGGGACGGCAUCCAGCAUGGCGAGCGUUUGAGGACCAUGAGCUGCAGUGACAAGAUACUCCGCUGGAAUGUCCUGGGGCUGCAGGGAGCCCUGCUCUCCCAUUUCAUUCAACCCAUCUACCUGGCGUCCAUCACCUUGGGCUAUCUGUACAGUCACGGUCAUCUGACACGAGCUGUGUGCUGUCGGUUGGCUAGAGACGGUGAAGCCUUCUCUAAGAGUCUUCCUGCUUCGUACACACUCAACCACCCCGAGGUGGGCCGGGUGAGUGUCUACGACUCGACCCGUCACACAGGGAAGACCAAGGAGUCCAGUGUGAACUGGAGCCAUCCCGACCACAUCACCGUGGAGGUUCUGGACGGGACCAAAGGCAAACUGGAUGGUCCAAAACUGGAUGUGUCGCGGGUUUCCAAGUCAAACAUUUUCCGUCAAUUCCGGUCACUCUGCCAACAAUGCGGGCGCCAGGACCUGCUGGCUCUCCCGUCUUACGCCCACGCCAAGAUGGCCGCUACCUCCUUCCAGGUCGCCAAGCAGCAGUUCUUCGACGCCCUGGGUAGCCACGGUUACGGCGCCUGGAUUGGCAAGCCACUGGAGGAGAAGAGCUUUGAUGAAGGGGCGGGCUCUGACGGCCACGGUGGAGGAAGCGUUGCUAGUAGCAACCAGGGAUACAACAGCAACAAUAACUAUGGAAGCACAACCACUGACUAUAACAGCAGCCAGUGGGGGAGUAGUGUAUACACACAGGCCAUGUAGGGAGGGGGGGAGGGGGGAUGAGAGGGGGGAGGGUGCAUGAGCAUGGAUGACCGAUAUAUAGAUAAAGGGAGUAGUAGAGGAGGUCUGAGUACUCUAUCUUCUGAUAGAGGUCAGACAGUGAUGGGGAAGGGACAGACAUCCCGAGGGGGAGGGAGACAAGCGUGGGGGGGAACAAGCGUGGGGGGGGGGGGUCAUUCAGCUGCAGGAGAGAUGGAGGGAGGAGGGGUUGCCACUGCUUUCCAAAACAGAAUAUCCAGCAUACAGAAUAUACAACGAGAAGACGACAGGAUGGAAUUGCACGACCAGAGAGGUGUUUGGUAGACACACUGACAUUCAGAGCUGCACAGCAUGCGCUCCGGUUCCAAAGCCACCCCUGUAACAGAAGCCCCAGUCCACCAUAACAAUACCCAAAGUCUGCCUGACCAUCUCACAACACAACCCCCUCUUUCUCCAGCUCACCCUGACACCCUACACCUGACCCUCUCAUACUCACCAGCCGGCCAUUUAUCACGCAUGACUAAUAAAACCUGUACUUAUCAGGCUGAGCAUGGAUAGUAGUGAUCACACUUUACAUAUAUUUAAACCAGCCUUGUAACGUUUAGCCACACCCCGACCUAGUAGCCCUCUCUCGAACACGUAAAGCUAUUGCUCCGUCUGCAGGGCACCGCCUGGUCAUCCCAUAAUUUCUCCUGACUGUAACAUAGAUUUGCUGAUGUUGACUUAUUAGCCUAGAUCAUUAAUCCUUUUGUUCUUCUGGUGUCCUGUAACGUGUAUCUCUAUUGUUCCUGAGUUCUGAGGUAUAUCCACCAGUGGGCCACGUCAGAAAGGACAACGGUGACGCUCACGUCCGUACGGUUCACAACAAGGAAACCAGCAGCUUGUUCUCAUUUUAAGGGGUCAGGUCAGGGUUGGGUCAGUGGUCCGCUAGUCGUAUUCGAGGGACGAAGAAGAAUGGGGCGAUGUACUUGGUGCUCUUGUCCUUUCUAGCGUGGUCAAAUAGUGGCUACCUGUUUUGAGGUGGAAUGUGUGGAUGAUGGAUUUGUUUUUACGUUUUAGUUGAGUCUUAUCGAAUACAUUCAAGGGUGAAGCAAUAUAUACAUCAUGUACAUACAAAUACAUAAACACACAGAUAGAUAUACAAUAAUGGAUGUUUGUGUAGCGAAUGUAUAUAUGUCUGUGUGUGUAUGUAUAUGUAUAUAUUAUGUAUAUAUUUUGUAAGUCAUGCCUAAAAUUGAUUUUCUAUUGAAUAUUUUUUUGAAAUGUUUUAACAAGUGAAAGAUGGAAAGCAUUCUUUUUUUUCUAUGGAUGGGAUUUCUGUAUAAAGUUUUAAGCGAUAAUAAAUACCAGACUUGUAAAAGCUGA